AUGCUCGUCCGCUCUCUUCUCGCCCACCACUCUGCUCCCACCGUUGCCGACCUCCGCAGGCGCAGCCGGGCGCCCAUGGAAGAGCCAUUCAUUGUUACUGGCAAGAUAAUUGCCAUGAUGGUAAGAAACGGGGAAUUGCUUCCAGAAGCAGGGAUGGAGUGCCCAAAAUGCGAACAUCGCAUUGAUAAUAGUGAUGUUUCAUCACAGUGGCCAGGACUCCCUACUGGUGUUAAGUUUGAUCCUACUGAUCUUCAACUGCUUGGACAUUUAGAAGGGAAGAUUGGCAGGGCAGUGUCCCAUGUACUAAUAGAUGAUUUUAUUCCAACUAUAGAGAUGCCAGAAGGAAUCUGCUAUACACAUCCGGAAAAUCUCCCUGGUGUCAAAUCAGAUGGAACCGCCAGUCAUUUCUUCCACAAAAUUUGUAAUGCCUAUGAUGUUGGCACGCGCAAGCGUCGCAAGAUUAGCAACAGCGACUGCAAUGUUUGUGAUGAGCAUCUCAGAUGGCACAAGACUGGAAAAUCCAGACAUAUCUUAGAUAAUAACGGUGACAUAAAAGGGUGGAAGAAAAUAAUGGUUCUUAGGAAAGGAGGUGCCAAGGCAGAAAAGACUAAUUGGACGAUGCAUCAGUAUCACCUUGGGGUAGAUGAAAAUGAGAAGGAUGGGGAGCUUGUUGUUUGCAAAGUCUUCUUUCAGUUGCCGUCAGAGAAAGCUGGGCAGUCUGUAAUGUUCGCUGUUAAUGAAGAAUCCGAUUCAUUUGCUGUGAAAAUCGAUCCUACAACCCCAAUGACAUACCCUCCGCAGCCUCCUCGGCCAGACAGUAGUCCAUUCGAAACCGAGCAGAAUCAGGAGGAUGAAGAGUUCCGCCUAUCAGCUGUUCGGGGAGCCGCGGAAUGGCUCGCUGGAACCUCGUCGUAUGCCGUUGAUGACGCAGCGCUGCCUGGCCUGGAUGAACACCCGUCACGCAGCGGAACGCCGGACGCCGCCUACCCUGAGAAGCAACAUCUGCCUCUUGUUGACACGGACGCGCUCCAAGAUUUCCCCGAACCCGGAACGCCCCCGGACUUCUCCGCUCUGGCCGACUUGCCGAUCGGGUCGCUGGAUAGCUUCACAUGGCUGGACCAAGAGUAG